AUGGCGUUUGCUGGGACAAAUGUUAGUUUGUCCCAGCCGGAUAUAACGCAAAAACUGACGGAGCGCAUAGACGACCUGAAGCAAAGAAUCGCUGCUUGGGGAAAGCGGAUUCAGCGAUAUACCAAGAGAUCGACACGGUUCAACCAGAACCGUCUCUUCCAGAGUGAUCAGAAGAGGCUCUACAAAUCAUUGGAGCAACCAAUAGUAAGUGGAACGGGCCCAGCACCAAAUCAGGCCGACACGGUCGCAUUCUGGCGCAGCCUGUGGUCAGAGCCCGUAAACCACAACGAGGGCCCUUGGACGAAAGUUGUGGCGAGUCAGUGUGCGGGUAUUACGCCCAUGGACCCCGUCAUCAUAACGCCGGAUGACGUAGCUGAGGCGGUCCGUAGGGCCCUGAACUGGAAAAGUCCGGGGCUUGACGGGCUGCAUCACUACUGGCUGAAGGGGUUCAUGGUGUGUCACGCUGUGCUCGCCCGACAGUUUCAAGAGGCUCUCAACCAGAAGUCGCUCCCAAGCCUCUUCACUAAACAAACAAAACCGCCGGCAACGGCAACGUAG